AGGUCCCACCUUUCCCGGGGUCAGCAGUUCCUUUGCAGCUGCAGGCGAGAUGCUGCAAGUGGCUGCCUACUUCAUCCUGGCCGCCGCCUUGUUCCAGUGGCCGUGCGGCCCCUCUUUGCAGGCUGAGGCAUCCCAAAAGCCCUUUGCUUCUUCCCUCGUCUUGGGCAUGGGCCCACCAUCCCCUUCCGACGAAGAGAGGUCGGCUGCUGAUCUGGCCACGAAGCUCUUGCUCUUGGAUGAACUGGUGUCCCUCGAGAACGACGUCACUGAGACCAAGAAGAAGCGCAGUUUCCCGGGCUUUGGCUCCCCCCUCGACAGGCUUUCAACUGGCUCCCUGGAUCUGAAAGCCAAGCAGAGGAAAGUGGUGGAAGUGCCGAAGCGGCGGUUUGGAAUUCCUCUAGACCGGAUUGGGAUGAACCGGCUGAGUAACUCCAGGGGUUAGCAGAGGCAGGCUCUUCUGGGUCAUCCUUGCUCAGAGAUUCCGUUUCCUGUUGACGCUCCUGACUUCCUUCCUACUGAGAUCUGCCUGACCUUUUCAACUUCUGUUCCAGAACACACCCACCCCAACACACCCACACUCCUUUCAAGAACACAAUUUCCUGAGCUUUCUCAUCCCCGUCUUGCAGUAACGAUUUUGGAACUGAUCUCCUAAGAAAUGUACCCCUCUUUUGUUAUCUUGUAUGAACUAGAGCGGGUUCAGUCCGCUGGGUCAGGACUUCCUUUCACUGACGCUCUGUCCUGCUGAUCAAAUGCAACAGAAAGUGAGUGUAUAUACUUGUGUUGCAUGCCGUAUUUGUUAAAGAUUUGUGGGAUUUCAUUAGUUGGGCUAGUUCAUAAGCUGUCAACACACUAGCAGGGUUGCCAAUUUUCAAGUGGGGCCUGGAGACCUCCUGGAAUUAUAGCCGAUCUCCAGACUAUGAAGAUCAGUUGUUGUUUAUUUAUAGUCCACCUUUGUGACUGAGAUCCAAGGCAAAUUGUAUACUGCAAGUGAAUACAACAUAAUCAAUAGCUAGGGCAAUCACUGAGCAAAAACACAAAAUAAUCAACAGAGCAUUCCAUUAAAACAGACACAGUAGAGUAUGGUACCUGCAAAUCUGAAAACUAGAAGAAAGCCAAACACAGAGAUGAAACCUUUCUAAAUUAAAGUAUAAGUAAUUAACAUCUUUAGCAACAUUGAACUACCCAGUAGGAGAACAUCUACAUCAGCAGACAGUACCCAGGAGCCUAGUCUAUAAUCCCUGUCCCGACCAAGGCAGUCAUGACCCAGCCCUAUAACUGGAGUCAAAAGCCCUCCUGAAUAAUUCAGUCUUGCAUAGUUUGCAGAAAGGCAGGACGGUGGGAGCUUCCCUGGCCUCCCCAGGCAGGCUAUGCAAAAAAGUGGGGGCUACCAAGGAGAAAGCACUUGUAUGGGGAGUUGUUGAUUUAGUCCAACUGCAGGGUGGUCUCUUUGCCAAAGGCCCUGUUCAGGUGAGUAAAGCUGCUGUGGCGGUCGGGUUGUCAACCUCCAGGUGGUAGGCUGGUUCGUUUGGUUCGUUUUUUGAUUCAUCACUCCAGGCAGCCUGGUGCCAAUCAAUCAGUUACCUAGGCAACAGGGAAUGGACUUCCUGCAGACCUUCUGCUGACCCGGAAGUGAUGAUUUUCUGACCCGGGUGUGACGUUUUCAUGAACCAAACGAACCAGUUCACGAACCAGGGGCAGGUUCAUGAAAGUUCGUGGUUCAUGAAAUUUGACGAACCACGAACCACAUGGUUCAUUUUUUUUUCCAGUUGGUGCCCAUCUCUAGUCACAACUGAUCUGCAGAGUGCAGGGGUCAGUUCCCCUGGAGAAAAUGGCUACUUUGGAGAGUGGGCUGUACGGCAUUACACCCUGCUGAGCUCCCUCCCCUUCCCUCCCCAAACCCUGCCCUCCCCAGGAUCCUCCCCUGCCACUCAGCCAGUUUGGAGAGAUCUUUGUAGAGCUUGUCAUAAUCUGCCUUGGUUUUCACCAUCCUGAAUGAUCCACACUGUCCCUUGCUCAUUGUUGGCUUUACCUAUUUUAGAGAAAAGUGAAACAGUGAUUCAUUUGUUGUGGGGGUGGGGUUGGUGGAAUAAUCAGGACUGGGGCUGAAUGGUGAGGGGAAAGUUAAGCAAAUUCUAAUGCAACUUUGCCUUUAAAAAUGUCAUAUCCUUUUUUUUUUCCUGGUGAAGUCUCCUGCAAAAUUCCUAAUAAUGGGAAAUAUUGCAUUAAUGGCUUUUAGUGGCUGCAGGAAAUGGCCGUUGCAUUUUUAUUUUGAAGUUUUUAUUUGAAGUUCAUAUAACAUUAUAUUGUCUUAAAAUGUCAUCAAGCGCGCAGAUAUGGGUUGCGUUUUUUUUUGUUUUGUUUUUUUAAAAAUGUG